AUGGAGGAGCUGGAGCUGCUGGCGGAGGCCUUCGGUGACCUGCUGCCGCUGGACGCCUGGGCCCCUCCCCGCAGGCUGGUGCUGGCGGAGCUCUCGCGCAUGGGCCAGUCGGACCUAGCGUUGCUGCUGCCCGCCGGGACCUCAUCAGCUGCCUCUUCAGCCUGCUGCUGGCAAGAAGGUGAAACAGAAGGUGAGGCAGUUGAAGCUAUUGUGGAAGAAUCAGAAACUUUUAUUAAGGGAAAAGAGAGAAAAACCUAUCAAAGACGCCGUGAAGCUGGGCAGGAGGACGAUGCUUGUCAUGUACCACCAAACCAAGCAGAUGGGUGUGAAGUAGUUCAGGAUGUCAACAGUGGUGUGCAGAUGGUUAUGAUGGAACAGUUGGAUCCAACGCUUCUUCAAAUGAAGACUGAAGUAAUGGAAGGUGCAGUGCCUCAAGAAACGGAGGUUACAGUGGAUGACACACAGAUCAUAACACUUCAGGUUGUUAAUAUGGAAGAGCAGCCUAUAAAUCUUGGUGAGCUUCAGCUGGUCCAAGUACCAGUUCCAGUGACUGUACCUGUUGCCACCACUUCUGUGGAAGAACUUCAGGGAGCAUAUGAAAAUGAGAUUUCCAAAGGAGGCCUGCAAGAGGGAGAGCCCGUGAUCUGUCACACUCCCCCUUUACCAGAAGGCUUCCAGGUAGUGAAAGUGGGUGCAAAUGGUGAGGUGGAGACGCUGGAACAAGGUGAACUUCAGCCCCAAGAAGAUCCUAAUUGGCAAAAAGAUCCAGACUAUCAGCCACCAGCCAAAAAAACAAAGAAAAACGAAAAGAGUAAGCUACGCUACACUGAGGAAGGCAAAGAUGUGGAUGUCUCUGUGUAUGACUUUGAAGAGGAGCAACAGGAGGGUUUGUUGUCUGAGGUCAAUGCAGAAAAAGUAGUGGGUAACAUGAAGCCACCUAAACCAACCAAAAUCAAAAAGGUGGGUGUAAAGAAGACAUUCCAGUGGAUGUGCAGUUACACUUGUCCACGUCGUUCUAACUUGGACCGCCAUAUGAAAAGCCACACUGAUGAACGACCACAUAAGUGCCAUCUCUGUGACAGGGCUUUUCGGACAGUCAAAUUACCGAGGAAGCACCUCAACACUCACACAGGUACUCGCCCUCACAAGUGCCCAGAUUGCGACAUGGCCUUUGUGACCAGUGGAGAGUUGGUUCGGCAUCGCCGCUACAAACACACCCACGAGAAACCAUUUGAAUGCUCAACGUGUGAUUAUGCUAGUGUGGCGGUUAGCGAUUUGAAACGCCACAUUUGCUCUCACACUGGAGAGCGUCCGUUCCAGUGCAGCUUGUGCAGCUAUGCCAGCAGGGAUACUUACACGCUGAAGAGGCACAUGAGGACCCACUCUGGAGAGAAGCCAUAUGAAUGUUACAUCUGCCAUGAUCGCUUCACUCAGAGUGGUAACAUGAAGGUGCACAUUUUACGGAAACAUACGGAGAAUGUGGCCAAAUUUCACUGUCCUCACUGUGAUACUGUUAUAGCAAGAAAGAGGGACUUGGGUGUCCAUUUGCGAAAGCAGCAUUCCUACAUUGAGCAGGGCAAGAAGUGUCGAUACUGUGAUGCUGUGUUUCAUGAGCGAUAUGCCCUCAAACAGCAUCAAAAGUCUCACAAGAAUGAGAAGCGCUUCAAGUGCGACAAGUGUGAUUAUGCAUGCAGGCAGGAGUGGCGCAUGAUCGUGCAUAAACGGACCCAUACUGGAGAAAAGCCUUAUGCCUGUAGCCAUUGUGAUAAAACCUUCCGUCAAAAACAGCACCUUGAUAUGCACUUCAAACGAUACCAUGAUCCCAACUUUGUCCCUGCUGCAUUUGUCUGUUCCAAGUGUGGUAAAACUUUCACUCGCAGGAACACAAUGGCCAGACAUGCUGAUAAUUGUUAUGGCCCAGGUGAUGGGGAAGGAGAGAAUGGAGGAGAGACAAAGAAGGGCAAACGUGGCAGAAAGAGAAAAAUGCGCUCUAAGAAAGAAGAUUCCUCUGAUAGUGAGGAAAGUGCUGAACCAGAUUUGGAUGAUAAUGAAGAUGAAGAGGAGACAGCAGUAGAAAUUGAGGCUGAACCAGAAGUUGAGCAAGAGGCUCUUGCACCACUUCCUAGUAAGAAACGAAGAGGAAGACCACCAGGCAAAGCUGCCACCCAACCAAAACAAUCCCAGUCUGCAGCAAUCAUUCAGGUUGAAGACCAGAACACUGGUGAAAUUGAAAAUACUAUAGUUGAAGUAAAGAAAGACCCUGAUGCAGAAACAGUAGAGGAAGAAGAAGAAGUUCAACAUGCUGUAGUGGAAGCUCCCAAUGGAGACCUCACUCCUGAGAUGAUUCUCAGCAUGAUGGACCAGUGA